AGUCCGGGGUCCCAGGGGCCAGGGACGACCCAAGACAGGACAACUGCAGGGUCUAGGAGGGUCCAGACCGCAGCAUGGCAUGUGUCAGCUUCCCGCUGCUCCUCGGCCUUGUGGGAGCCUCGCUCGCCCAGACUGAGGAUCGCCCCUUCACCCCCAUCUUCCCCCUGCUGCCGCCUGUCGCCUGUUACCACACGGAGAUGCUGUACCUUGGGCGCAAACUGAAUUCAGAGCCCGAGCUUUGGACCUCCAGCCUGCAGCACUCCAAGCGCUGUGAGAAGUGGGAGGUGUGUCAGGAGACCCUGCUGAUGCUGGAGACAGUCACUGGAAAAACAGACUACGCCUUGCGUUGCCCAGUCUGCUUGGCCUUGUACUCCUGCCCCACAAAGGUCCACCUCCAUCGGUGCAGUGAGAAGGCCCUGAGGUGUUACAAUGGAACCAUCCAGAUCAAGGGAGAAGGCGUCUCAUAUGACCUGGGCUUGCUUGGCUGCUCCACUGUGCCCAACUGUGAGCUGUUCCUUGGCAUGGAGACAAUCGGCCCAUUCACCCUGAGCGAGAAGUGUUUGGACCAUCAUAGAGUCUUUUGGCCAAGAAGCCAGGGUGCCCCUCGGCCCGCCUGGGCCUGGACUCUCGGGCUGGGACUGCUUCUUACUCUGUAGGCAGCGGCAUCCUCAGACCAGACAUCUCUUUGAGUCUCCCAGGAAGAGGUGCAGAGGGGAACCCUCCUGGUCCCAUGGUGCUGCCUGGGGGCCAGAAGAGGAUGCCCUGAGAUCUCAGGGGCAGGAGGUGUGUCCAAAGCCCCAGUAACCCCAGCACAAGGCUGUCUGCUGCACAGGUAUUAAAGAUUUAAAUGGACUAUUCCA